UGGUCCUGCAUGUUAUGAGCCAUUUUCUAUGCAGCCAAUUGCGUUCUUAUGCGGACUAAUGCAUUAUAAAUAUUGGUCAUGGCGGGAUAAAAUAGCCAGUCAGCUUGCUUUAGACUAAUUGUGUAUUAUUACGUGUACAUUUAGCAACAUAAGAGUUAAAUCUUUAAAUAGAAACAUGCUAUGAAACUCCUCCUCUAAAGGAGACACACUUUGGAGCAUUAGUUUUUUGUCACACACCUCACUUCGACAACUGAGAAGGAAGAAGACUUCAUUCUCCUUUUGCCUCUAGUUCGUCUGGAAAAAGUGCUUCACUAAUUUUGGACCAGAAUCAUGAAGGUCCUGCCAUUCUGCCUGCUUGUCUGCUUGCUCCCCCUGCAGGCCACCGCCUCCGAGUUCGUAAAUACAACCAGCGACCCGGGCCUGGAAAACAACACGCGCGCGCGCUACGAGAAGUUCAAAAGGCAGCACGUGGACAAAAAGAUGACGGCGGAAAAAUGCACGGCAACGAUGAAACGGAAGAAGAUCUACGACGACAAUAACGUCUGCAAGAAGACGAAUACGUUCAUUCUCGCUGAUGCCAAGGAAGUCAAGUCUGUUUGUAGCGGUGAAGGCGUUUAUAAUAACGCACAUCAUUACACUGAGAGCAGGAAGAAGUUCAGAGUUGUGGUUUGUACGGUCAAGAAACAAGCCAGGAAACCCAAAUGUGAAUACAAGGGAAAAUGUCUGAAUAACAGAGUCAUUGCUGUGAAUUGCCAAGAUGGUUUACCUGUGCACUACGCAGAAGAUCACAUGUAAACCUUAUGGGGAGGAAAAUGCUUUAAAACUAGAUGCUAAUCUUUUCUGAGCAACUGUGAUGGAAAAAUUACAUUAAGCCUUAAGGUCACAUCUGCUUGUCAUGUUAUAUGAAUGAUUGUGAACUCUCACCAAAAGAACUAUUUGGGUUACAUGUAACCCAAAUAGUUCUCUUGGAAGUUG